AUGAGCUCCUCGUCGGUAAAGUAUGAAAGCGACACUGGCAGCGACGAGCGAGCGCAACGCACACGAACCAAAAUCCAAGCGAAUUUCCAGAUCGCACGACCGCCACCAAAGUCUUCACUGCGCUUCGCUCCAAAGCUUCUUCUUCAAAUCCAACAACUUGCUCCGAAUCACAGACCAGUCCCGGUACUGGGAAUAUGGCAGCCACCAUUCCGCAAAUCAAAAUUGACCCGCGACUUUCAUCAACGGGUCAAGUUGAGGUCGAGUGAUAUGUAUGCGACUCUUGAUGAGACGUACGUUACCAGUUCGACCGGGCAACGGCAAGAUCCCUCCAAUUCGGAGCAGGAUGAUGACAGCGCCCCUCCACAUAAAGAUGUUGUGGCGGCAAUGUGCCAGAGCGAUGAGACGAUAUCAGAUAUUCAUUUCCGGGACGCACGAUGUAGUUGGCAGGUCAGCGCAGGAUCAACGGGACCCGCUCAAUCGACGCAGUGUUACCGAUUCACCAUCAACGACGAACAGAGAGAUAGCUCCGACCCUGGCAGAAUGACUCUGCAAUGGGAAAAGCGAAGCAAAGAGAACGCACCGGCUGGUUCGGUAGAUGCUGCGAAGUUUGUUCUCCUCUUGAUUGAUCGAACAGCGCGGCGGAAGAGUCGCAUAGCUACCAUGACGCCGGGCGGGUUUGAGAUCGUCGUUCGAAAGACUUCUAUCCUCGAGCACCUGCAAGUAUGCCUUGAUUUAACAGAGCCUGUAUCAUCUACGAGCACGCGAGAUCCCCACGAAGCCUUAGAAACCUGGCUGUAUACGCAAACCCUUACGAUGGGCGUCUGGGUCGCCUACCAGGAAGGAUGGCUCAAUUAG